UGGUUUUCUUCUAAUUGUAUUCCUCCAUUAUUCCAUCAGUUCCAUCCAUAUUCAAAAACAAAAAAAUCCAUCUCUCUUUGCUUACUUUCCAUGGCGUCGUCUUCUUCCUCAAUCAAAACCAAUAGCAUGAAGAAACCUCGAGCUCUAGUCGGAGCAGCCUCGUGGUACUAUACUGUAGCCUUGUUGACCUUAAUAUUUAUAGGUUCCACCAGGGCAAACUAUGAAGCCGCAGAUGUGAAAGGGAGGCAGCUACUGAACCGACCCUGUGAUGAAUUCUAUGUGGUCAGAGAAGGCGAGACCCUUAACAUGAUCGGCGACAAGUGCGACGACCCUUUCAUCGUCGAGCGCAACCCUCACAUCAAUGACCCCGAUGAUGUUUUCCCCGGCCUUGUUAUUCACAUCGUUUCUUCAAAUGCAAGCAAACUCUAGAUGUAUCAAAUUAAUAGACUUGUAUCACAUUAUAUUAUAUGGACCGUUUUAAGAGGAGUUAACGCAAGAUGAUUUAUGCUCCUGCAGACUGGAAAUUUUA